GUCGGGUCGCUGCCUCCCGGCCCGGGGGCCCCGACCGGAACCGGGAGCGGGGAGGAUGACCACGCUCACGCGGCAGGACCUCAACUUUGGCCAAGUGGUGGCCGACGUGCUCUGCGAGUUCCUGGAGGUGGCGGUGCACCUCAUCCUCUACGUGCGCGAGGUCUACCCGGUGGGCAUCUUCCAGAAGCGCAAGAAAUACAACGUGCCGGUGCAGAUGUCCUGUCACCCGGAGCUGAACCAGUACAUCCAGGACACCCUGCACUGCGUCAAGCCGCUCCUGGAGAAGAAUGACGUGGAGAAAGUGGUGGUGGUGAUUUUGGAUAAAGAGCACCGCCCAGUGGAGAAAUUCGUCUUUGAGAUCACCCAGCCUCCGCUGCUGUCCAUCAGCUCCGACUCCUUGCUGUCUCACGUGGAGCAGCUGCUGCGAGCCUUCAUCCUGAAGAUCAGCGUGUGUGACGCCGUGCUGGACCACAACCCCCCAGGCUGCACCUUCACAGUCCUGGUGCACACGCGAGAAGCUGCCACUCGCAACAUGGAGAAGAUCCAGGUCAUCAAGGAUUUCCCAUGGAUCCUGGCCGACGAGCAGGAUGUCCACAUGCAUGACCCCCGGCUGAUACCCCUGAAGACCAUGACGUCGGACAUUCUGAAGAUGCAGCUCUACGUGGAAGAGCGAGCUCAGAAAAGCAGCUGAGGGUGCACCUGCCACCCCGUUCAUGCCACAACUGUGAGACUUUGGGGGCCCCCAGCCUCGGGCAGCGCUGCAGGGCCCCCCUGACUCCAAGUGCUCUUAUGGCCUCCGUGGACGGACCGCCCCCUCCUGCCCAGGGCUGCUGGGGCUGGUGGCCUUCCCGGAGGAAGCCUCCCCAGGGGCCAUGAGGGAUGCUGGGACCUCGGCUUCUCAGCCUCCUGGGCUCCAGCCAGCCAACGCUGUCUCCAUACUGUGCUGUGAGUUGUUUCAAUAAAGGGGCCCCAAGGGCUGCGCCGGGCUCUCACUCAGAAGUGGGAGGGACCCCA